CCGCGGUGCACUGUGGGAUGCUGGAGGCCUCGCGUCGGGGCAGGAAGGAAGGGGGGGUGUCAUGGCGACGAAUAUCGAGCAGAUCCUUCGGUCCUUUGUGGUUAGCAAAUUCCGAGAGAUCCAGGAGGAGCAGCAGCAGCAGCACGGCGGUGCAAAGGUGGAAGGCCAGCCCAAUGGUGACACGAUCCCAGCUGAGCAAGCCGGGCCUUCUGAAGCCUCUGGAGCUGCUGGGAGUUGUCAGAGUGAACAGAUAGUGCAGAAAAUAGAGGAAGUGCUCUCCGGAGCCCUCGGGACAGAGCUGCAGUGCAACCCAGAUGUAGACAAAAAUACUGUGAAAAAUAGUACUCAGUCUACAAAAAGGAGCUCAACUGGUGAAGAUGAAAUUCCUAGGAAAAAAGCAAAGAAAAACAAGAAACACAAAAGUAAGAAGAAGAAGAAAAAGAAGAAGAAAAGAAAGAAAGAGAAGAAGCACAAAAAGCAACCAAAGGAAUCCAAGUUGAGCGCACGUCCCGGAGAACCUGCAGGCGUGCAGCCAGCUCCUCACUUGAUGCCAGAGCAGCCCAGCUCCCAACUGAAUGUACAGCAUGGAGUGUUUGCUGAUGCAAACCUGGCUGGCCAAGUGCAGCCAGAACUGUGCUCAAAACCAACUGAGGGGCUUGAUAGUCAAGCUUUAGGACUUGUUUCUCAUUCAGUGACUGAUUCUCAGCAAUCUGCAGAAAAUCUUGGAAGUGGGGAGGGGACUUUGUGUGCAACAAAUCCUCCAUUUAAUUUAGAAAGCAUCCAGUCUAAUAUCCCAGAAAAUACUAGUAUAGCUCAAACUAGAAUUUGCACUAGCGAAGAACAAAUUCAACAGUCCCAUGAAAAUAUUUAUCCUGUAGCUGUUAAUGCCAGUGUUGUUGAUACUGGAAAUUAUACUUGGUCCAGCAUGCCAUCUGGAAUUGUCAGUAAAUCAGAGAUUCAGAAAGAUUCAGCAGAAGCACUAAGAGGUACAGAAGUCACUCUGACAUCUCAAGGCACUGGGGAAGUAAAAACUUUGGACGCAGCUCUCGAGCCUGAGACCAUGGAGGUGUUGACUUAUUCAGAAGCAUCUCAUCAGUCUGUGUCUCAGGGGGCAGCACAGGGGUUGGAAACAGCUUCAGAAUCUGUGUCCUUGGCAAGUGGUGUGACAACAACUCCUGCACCUGCAAAUUGGGCACAUCCAAGUGCUGUGACUGUAGCUCACGUGGCUGUUGCUGGGCAAGAAGUGAAAAUUCCAGAAACAACUGAAAAAUCUCUGCACGUGGGAAAUGUGGGAAGUGUGGAGAGAUCUUCAGAACUGGAGGGUGUGAGCAGAACUUUGGAGCCAUCCCUGCAGCCCUCGGUUAUAUCUGGGAGUCUGAGCAUGACACAGGGCAGCCCUGUGGAGGCUUCCAGGGUUCUAAAAGCAGGUGUACCUUUGCAACAUCCUUUGACAAUAUCUGCAGCCACCCCUGUGACCCACGUGGAAAUAAAAAGUGCCAAAACACCUCCAGGACCUGGAGCUGUUACAAAAAUGAAGGAUAUGGAACCAGCUAUGGGACAAGUGGAAGCUUUGGAAGCAACCAUGGAACCUGUAGCAAAACAUGUCAGAGCAGCUCACGAAAGUCUGCAAGGCAAAGGUGUGGAAGGUACCACAGGUCCUGCAGCAGCACUGGGUGCAUCAGGAGUGUUCCUACAACAUGGAGUCCUGACAGAAACGAGGAGAGCGGACAGAGCCCAGGGAUCUGCACUUCCAGCAGGACUGACAGGUGUGAAUGUCGUUGCAGAGGCAAAAGGAUUAAGAGCAACUUCAGAACCUGCAGCGGUUGUACAGACUUUGGUUCCCCAAACAGCUCCAGAAGUCCAGAUGGCAGAAGGUUUUAGAAGUCCACAAGCAAAAGAUUCAGAAUGUACUUCACUGCUGAGAGAAUCAAGACCUGGGGACGAGUCACACGUGAGAGAUUUGGUACCUGCCCUGUCUUUGCAGAAGGAAAACACACAAGGUGCAGGAGGAGUCCUGAGACCAGCGGCUGUGGUGGAAGCAAAAACUUUUACAACAGCUUCAGUGUCCUUACAAGUGGAAGGUGUGCAGACUUCAGAAGAAAUGCAUUGUGGGACUGUUGCAAGUCCAGGACUUCCUGCCUUAGAAAGGACUCCUGAACCUGUGGUUGCGCGUGAAAGCGUGGAACCAGUUAGAGAGGCUGUGGCAUCGGCAGGGGGGAUGCCAUGGCAAGCCACAGCAGAGACAGAACCUCUCCAUGUGAGCCAGACAGAGAGUUCCAUCAUUGCACAGUCACAGGUCACAACACACACAAGAACCUCCCAAACUGAGGUGCUGAGGGAGAGAAAGGAUUCAGAACACGCUCCAGAAGCAGAGACGUGGAACAGAGAAGCAAUCCUGGAACCUGUGCAGACUUCAGAAACCGGUUCAAAAUCUAUUCAGGAACAAAUAGUAGGUCAUUCAGCAGCAGUAUUGGAGUCUUUGCCCAGAGUGGAAGAAAACAGUAUGACAUCAGGAGUACUGACAGAAUUGACAGAUGUGCAAACUCAGGGAUCUGCUGUGGAACAUGAAAUUGCAGAAAGGAGGACCAGCACACAAAGUAAUGAACCCUCAGAAAUGGAGAAAGCAAAAUAUCUGGAGCCAGCAUCAGAAGCUGGAGGAGUGAAGUGGUUGGAGAGUGCUGGAACAAGUGAAGAGCUUGAGGUACCCAUGGGUGAUGCUUCAGCAGCUGUUCCAGAAUACUUGCAUGCCGAAAAGCAGCAAGAGCUUCAGGUAGUUCAAGAAGCAAAACCUGCUGCAGAAUGGAAGAGUGCAGAAGAGGCUCCAGAAAUCUUGGGUGCUUCUGAAACAAAAUCUUCUGAAGCAGUUCCAGAACCAGGGGAUGUGAAAGGCCUGGAAACCACACUGGAACAUGAAGUGACAGCUGAGGUACAAUAUGUAGAAGGAGUACAGAGUCAACAGGUGGAGGAUAUGGUGAUUGAUAAGGAAGAUGCAGAGCAGACUCAAACAUCUGAGCCUUUAGUAGCAGGAACAGUUUUUAGUUCUUCACAUGCAGUGGAGGAAGAAGUUUCAGCAGGGACUCUUGUAGCAGAAACACAAGAUUUGGAAGCAGCUCCUCAGACUGAGGUAGAGCUGAAAGAUGCAGAAGCAGCUGUAGGGUUGGAGGCAGAGACAAAAGAUUCAGAAGCAGCUCCAGUACCUGAGACUGAUGCAGAAGCAGGUCCAGAACUCAUAGAGGAAGGCCAAUUGGAAGACACUCCAGAGGCUGAGGAUGUCAAAGAAGCAACUCCAGAAGAGGACUCGGAGAAAAGAGACUCAGAAACAUCCGACGUGCAGCCUGAUGUGGCGGCACGAAUGAAGGAGACUCUCAUGAGGCUUGAGAAUGUUGUUGAAAAAAGUAGUCACAGAACCAGUGAGAAAAAACAUGAUUCAAAGAAACAGAAAAGGAGCCGUUCCAAGUCUCAGUCCAGGUCUAGGAAGCGGAAGAAAAAAUCAAGGUCACGUUCUACUUCCAGGCGUUUGGCCUCUAAAAGAGCACGCUCUAGGAGCAGAAACUAUUCAGUUUCCAGAAAAAAGCAUUCCAAAUCUAGGUCCCGAUCUGUGGAGAAAAGAGAGAGAAGAGUGUCUUCCCGGCGGUCCAGGCGCAGACGUUCUAGGUCAUCUGACCGCUACAGGUCUAAAUCCAGAUCAGCAGAAAAGAGAUUGUCCAGGCGCAGACGUUCCAGGUCGUCUGACCACUACAGAUCUAAAUCAAGGUCAGUGGAGAAGCGGCUGUCCUCCCGAAGGUCCAGGCGCAGACGUUCCAGGUCAUCUGACCGCUACAGAUCCAAGUCCAGGUCAGUGGAAAAGCGAUUGUCCUCCCGAAGAUCCGGGCGCAGACGUUCCAGGUCCUCCGACCGCUACAGAUCCAAGUCACGGUCAGCAGAGAAGCGAUUGUCCUCUCGAAGGUCUGGGCGGAGACGUUCCAGGUCUUCUGAUCGCUACAGAUCCAAGUCUAGGUCAGCAGAGAAGCGACUUUCGUCCCGAAGAUCCGGGAGGAGACGUUCCAGGUCUUCUGAUCGCUACAGAUCCAAGUCUAGGUCAGCAGAGAAGCGACUUUCGUCCCGAAGAUCCGGGAGGAGACGUUCCAGGUCUUCUGAUCGCUACAGAUCCAAGUCUAGGUCAGCAGAGAAGCGACUUUCGUCCCGAAGAUCCGGGAGGAGACGUUCCAGGUCUUCUGAUCGCUACAGAUCCAAGUCUAGGUCAGCAGAGAAGCGACUUUCGUCCCGAAGAUCCGGGAGGAGACGUUCCAGGUCUUCUGAUCGCUACAGAUCCAAGUCUAGGUCAGCAGAGAAGCGACUUUCGUCCCGAAGAUCCGGGAGGAGACGUUCCAGGUCUUCUGAUCGCUACAGAUCCAAGUCUAGGUCAGCAGAGAAGCGACUUUCGUCCCGAAGAUCCGGGAGGAGACGUUCCAGGUCUUCUGAUCGCUACAGAUCCAAGUCUAGGUCAGCAGAGAAGCGACUUUCGUCCCGAAGAUCCGGGAGGAGACGUUCCAGGUCUUCUGAUCGCUACAGAUCCAAGUCCAGGUCAGUGGAGAAGCGGCUGUCCUCCCGAAGGUCCGGCCGGAGACGUUCCAGGUCGUCCGACCGCUACAGGUCUAAGUCACGGUCAGUGGAAAAGAGGUUGUCCUCCUGGCGAUCCCGCCGCAGACAUUCCAGGUCCUCUGACCGGUCAAAAUCUAGAUCCAGGUCUUCAGAAAAGGGAGGAGGCAAAGAAUACUCCUGGAGGUUCAGGCAUCGGUCUGGUUCCUCUGAUCGUUCAAAAUCCAGGUCAAGAUCUGUGGAGAAAAGAGGUCGGAAGGCGUCUGUACGGAGAUCCAAACGCCAGCGCUCAAAGUCCUCGGAUCGCUACAAGUCUCGGUCCAGGUCAGUAGAGAAAAGAAAGCAGUCAUCGCGGAAGUCCAAACGGCAGCGCUCCAAGUCCUCUGACCGUUACAAGUCUAGAUCCAAGUCAGUGGAAAAGAAGAAGGAGUCCUCACGAAAAUCCAAGCGUCGACGCUCAAAAUCUUCUGAACGUUACAAGUCUAGGUCUAGGUCUGUCGAAAAAAAGCGCAAGGAGUCUUCAAAAAAAUCCAAGCGGAAACGUUCCAAGUCCUCUGACAGCGUUAAGUCAAGGUCCAAAUCUGUAGAAAAGAAAGAUAAGUUAUCCUCAUCAAAGUCCAGCAGCAAGCAUGUGGAGUCUUCUGAACUUCAGGAGUCAGCCAAAGGACUUGAUCAAGAUGUUCCUCAAUCUUCUUUUGGAAGUGAAGGUAAAUCCUCUAAUGGUCCCACAUCAGGAGCUUUGUCUGAUGAAGGAGUAAACGGCCCAGUGCUGCCGCCAUCAUUUGGAGGUGGAUUUUCCAAAACUUCAGAGAGCCUUGAGGAAAGUUCCUCAUCUGUUGAAAAACCAGCAGAUCUGCAGCAUUCUACCACAUCUGAAUUUGAUACCUCCAAAACCCCAGAUGACCAGGAAUUGAGAUCCACAUCUAUGGAAAAAACUCAGGAUUCAGAGCUGUCUACGACACCUGAUAAUGGAUCAACUGAAAAAGCAGCAGCUCUGGAGUCUUCAGCGCUACCUGAACUUCCACACUCCACAUCCAUGUCAAGAUCUUCAUCCGUUGAAAGAAGGGGAGAUCCAGAAACUUCUUCAGUAGCAGAAUUCCAUCUCUCCACAUCCCGGGAAGAUGAGUCCAGACCUGCACCUCUCAAAGAAGUAGAAGGUCCAGAGCUUCCUCCUGCACUUAGAGACAUGCAAGUUCAGUCAUCUUCUCUCCCGUCCGAAGGUGGGCUCUCCAACUUGUCUGAUGGUCACGAAUCACAGCGUGUCCCUGGUGAGCACACAGAGCUUUCACAGGUUCUGCAAGUACCUGAACGUGAGUCUUCCCAGCUGGCUGACAGCCCUGGAGCAGUGGAAGCUCAGAGGCCUUUCCUGCCACCUGAAAUGAUCCGCCCUGUGAUCCCUGAUGGCUGUGAGUCAGGCCAGAUGCAGGAGCCUUCUCUGGCUCCUGACAGUGGACACUUCACAUCUCCUGAUGGACAUGGAUCAGGAUCCAGCUUUGCACCAAUAGAGGAGCAUCCAUUGUCUGUAGGCGAGUCCUUUAAGUCACCACAUGGAAGUGAACAAAGUUUUUUAUCUGUUGAAAAAGUCAAGGCUCCCGAUGUUUCCCUAACAUCUGUGUGUGGUUCUGUUGAGGUGUCUGCCGACAUAAUUUCAGUGUCUUCUUAUGAAGUUCAUGACUCUAGGUCAUCUGUUGACAAAGCUUUAGAUGGUCCAACACUUCCACAAGUGCUUGAGGUUGACUGCUCUAGAUCUUCAGACAUGCACGAAUCAAGAUACCUAACUGGAAAAAUAGAUGGUGCAGGGUCUUUGGUGAUGUCUAAAAGUGGGAUUCCCAUAUGCCACGAUGGCCACAAAGCAAAGUACAAUUCCUUUGAACAAACAGAGAGUGCAGAACUGUCAGUGGCAUCUGAGCUCCGGUGUUCCAUCUUUCCUGAGGGCUAUAAAUUGACAUCUGCUGCCAUUGAAAAAGUGGAGAUCCAGAAGCCUUCCCUCUCACUGGAAAGUGGCUUCUCCGUGUCUGCUGAUGGUUGUGAAUCAGUGGGCACGCCUGAAAAACUACAGCCCCCAGUGAGUGCCGUGACAUCGGAAGGUGGGAUUCUGCUGCUGCCCGACAGUCACGAGCUGAGACCUGUCCCUGCAGAAAAAGCAGAGGUGCUGAAUUCAUCCGAACUGAAACACCUGACGUCCCCCGAUGGCUACAAGCUGAGAUCUGCCUACAGUGAAGAAGUACAGGUGCAUGAGCCCUUUCUGGUACUGGAAAACAGGUGUUCUGUUGCCUCUGAUGGUCAUGAGCUGGCAUCCACCCCUUUUGAAAGAGCUGAGGAGCCUUCUCAAGUGUCUGAGAACGAGUACACCGUAGGGCUUGAUGGCCCAGAGUUGACAUCAACCCCUGCUGAAAAAGCAGAGCUGCGGAAGCUUUAUCAGAUGCCUGAAGAGUCCAUUGACAGCCAGGACCUGCAGUCACCCUCUGCUGAAAAGACACAGGUGCAGCAGCCUGCUCUUGUGUCUGAAAAUGAACAUGCUGUGUCCUGGGUGAGCCAGGAGUUGAGGUCCAGCUCUCCUGAGAAGGCAGAGAUGCAGGAGGAGGCUGUGGUUCCUGACAGUGCUGUGGCUUCUAAUGAUCACAGAUUGUCCUCUUUCUUGGCUGAAAAACCAGAAGUGCAGGAGUGUUCUCUGCUGCCUGAAAAUGAAUAUGGUGAGACUGCUGAGGACCAGGAGGUGACAGCCAGCCCUGCUGAGAAGGAGGUGCAGGAGCCUUCUGUGACACCUGGCAGUGAAUAUUCCAUCUUCCAUCAAGGCCAAAUACUGCAGUCUGGCCUAGCUGAAAGCACAGCAGUGCAGGACAACCGAUACGCUGCAUCUCCCGGGGUGCAGCAGCUGCUCCGUGCUUACACUGAGAAACCAGAGGUGCAGGAGUGUUCUUUGCUGCCUGAAAACGAGUACAGUGCAUCCCCUGAAAGGCAUCCUUUGAGAUCCAGUCCUGUUGAAAAAGAAUUGGAGGAACAUUCUGAAGCAUCUGAAAGUGAAAGUUCAAUAUCCACUGAUAGCCAGGAGUUGCAGCCUGCUGUUGCUGGAAAAACAGAGGUGCAGGAGUUGUCCUUGUCUGAAGGUGAAUGUCCCAUGACCCCUGAAGGUCAAGAGCUGCAGUCCAGCCCUGCUGAGAGAGUAACAGCCAAGGAACCUUCUCUGACAUCUGAACAGGCUCUGUCACCUGAAGAGUACGAGUCAAGAUUGGCACACGCUGAGAAAACAGAGGGUGUGGACUCUGCUUUGACAGCUGAACGUGACCAUCUCUUUUUUGAGAGCCAGGAGGUGAGUUUCACCUCUCUUCAGAAAGCAGAUGUGCCGGACCAUUCUCCAACACCUGAAAAUCAACAUGGAGCAUCCCCUGAUGAGCAGGAUUUGAGAUUCACCACUGUUGGAAAAGUAGACGGUCUCGAACCUUCGACACUGAAUGAUAGAGCCUCCAUGUCCCCUGAUGACAGUGACUUGAAAUCCAUCCCUGCUGAAAAAAUGGAUCAUGAAAUGCCUUCUUUAAUGCCUGAAGGGCGCUCGGUGUCUCCUGAUAACUGCAGCGUGAGAUCAGGCCCUGGUGAAGAAACGGGGGACCUGGAGCCCUCUUUGAGGUCUGAGCGUAGAUACUCCACAUCCUCCUACCAGGAAGGGCACGAGCCAAAGUCUCCCAUGGAGGAGGAGGGUCUGGAGUCCUCUGUGACUUCUGAACACAGACGAUCCGUGUCCCCUGAGGGCCACGACCAGAAAUCUACUGCAGAUGAAGAAAUGGAUGAUCUGGAGAGGCGUUCCACUUCUCCUGAUGAGCACGAGUCAAGAUCUAGCAUCGGUGAAGAAGCAGAGGAUCUGGAGCAGCCUUUGACAACAGAACAUCGGUCCUCUGAGUCCUCUGAUGAGCACGAUUCAAGGUCAACCACUGGGGAAGAGGCAGAGGACGCAGAGGCCUCCUUGGCAGCUGAAAGAAGAGACUCCAUAUCCUCCGAUGACCGUGAGUCGAGGUCUGCUGCUGGGGAAGAUGUAGAAGAUGGGGAGCCCUCCUUGACAGCUGAACGUAGACACUCCACAUCUUCUGAUGACCGUGAGUCGAGGUCUACAGCUGAUGAAGAAGCAGAGGAUUUGACAGCUGAGCAUCGCUCUGUGUCUCCUGAUGGACGUGAGUCAAGGUCCACCGUUGGUGAAGAGGCAGAGGACCAGGAGCUCUCUUUGACAGCUGAGCGUAGACACUCCACGUCUUCAGAUGAACAGGAGUCAAGGUCUACUGCUGGUGAAGAUGCAGAGGAUGUGGAACCCUCCUCAGCAGCUGAGCAAAGAGAUUCCACCUCAUCAGACGAGCAAGAGUCAAGGUCUACUGCUGGUGAAGAGGCUGAGGAUGUGGAACCCUCCUCAGCAGCUGAGCACAGACGUUCUGCAUCUCCCGAUGGGGCUGAAUCGAGGUCUACCACUGCUGAAGAAGAAGGAGACGAGGCAGAGCCCUCCUUGACAGCUGAACAAAGAGAGUCCACAUCGUCAGAUGAGCAUGAGUCAGAGUCUUCCAGUGGUGAAGAGGAGGGAGAGGAUGCAGAGCCCUCUCUGGCAGAUGAGGAGAAGCAGGAUUCCGUGCCUCUGGAGCAGUCAGAGGAGCAGGACUCUUCCUUUGUCCCUGAAAGCAGACGUUCCGAGUCUUCCGAACGUGAAAAAUCCAGAUCCAAGUCCGUUGACAAAGCAUCUGACAAAGAGUCUCCGCAGAGAUCUGUCAGCAGACACUCGAAGUCUCCUGCUCGCCAGAAGAGCCGAUCCACAUCCGUAGAGAAAACGGCAGACAAAGAGUCCGUGCGCAGGUACCGGCGGAGGCGCUCCCGCUCCCCGGCUCGCCAGAGGAGCCAGUCAACAUCUGUGGAGAAAACAGCAGACAAGGAGUCCUCCCGCAGGUCCAGGCGGAGACGCUCCAGGUCGGCCGCUCGCCAGAGGAGCCAGUCCAAGUCCGUGGAGAAAGCAGCAGACAAGGAAUCCUCGCGCAGGUCCAGGAGCCGCCGCUCCAGGUCCUCGCAGCGCAGGUCCAAGAGAUACGACACGGACUCGCGCUCCAGACGGAACCGCUCCCGCUCGGCGACGCGCAGGAGAGCGUCCAGAUCCCGCUCCAGCUCCCUGUCGCGCUCCAGGCACAGGAGGAGGAGCAGGUCGCGGUCGGCGUCGCGAAGGCGGCGCUCCUUGUCCAGGGACAGGCGCAAGCGGUCGCAGAGGAACAGGUCGAGGUCCACGGACAGGAGGAGGAGGAGAUCCGACUCCAGGGAGCGGCGGAUCUCGCUGCGGCUGCGCAGCAGGAGCCGCACCCCGCUGCGGCAGCGGCGCUCGCGCUCGCGGGGCAGGAGGCGCAGCUCCAGCCGCUCCCCGAUCCGGCUGCGGCGCUCGCGCUCCUCGGGCCGGCGCCGCUACAGCCGCUCCCCCGACCGGCGCCGCUCCCGCUCCUCCGAGUUCUCCAGCAGGUCCCCCAAACGUCUCACAGACCUGGACAAGGCCCAGCUACUUGAAAUCGCCAAAGCCAACGCGGCCGCCAUGUGUGCGAAGUCUGGCGUGCCCCUCCCCCCCAGCCUGAUGCCUCUGCUGUCCCAGAAGAAGGAUGACAAAGCCAACCAGAAAUCUUCAAGGGACACCCUGAAGGAGCUCACUGAGAAAUGCAAGAAGAUUGCUCAGAGCACUGAUGAUGUGAUAGUGAACAAGCCUCAUGUUUCUGAUGAAGAGGAGGAAGAACGUCCUUUCUAUAACCAUCCUUUCAAGCUGAGUGAACCCAAACCUAUUUUCUUCAAUUUAAGUACUCCCAGCAUAAAACCAGCACCACCACCCCAACCAAAAAACCAGGUCAGCCUGUCCAAGGAAUUCCCUGUUUCCUCUGGCUCUCAGCAUAGGAAGAAGGAGGCAGACAGUGUGUAUGGAGAGUGGGUUCCCGUGGACAAGAACGGCAAAGACGACGGCAAGGACGAUGUGUUCCCCAAGCCAGCCAUUGAGUGUGUGGACAUCACCACAGCCAUGAACGACAGAGCAGUGGCCCAGAAAAGGCUCAAUGAGAACUCCUUUGACCUGGAGGCCAUGUGCAUGCUGAACCGGGCACAGGAGCAGAUCGACGCCUGGGCUCAGUCCAACUCCAUCCCCGGGCAGUUCACGGGCAGCACGGGAGCGCAGAUCCUGUCCUCAGACGAGCUCACCAACAGCGGCCCCCAGGCCUGGAUCCGAAAGGAUCAGUUCUUAAGAGCAGCCCCUGUCACUGGAGGAAUGGGAGCUCAGCUGAUGAGGAAAAUGGGCUGGAGAGAAGGAGAAGGGCUUGGCAAGAACAAGGAAGGCAGUGUUGAGCCCAUCAUGGUGGAUUUUAAGACAGAUCGAAAAGGGCUUGUUGCUGUGGGAGAGAAGGCCCAGAAGAGGUCUGGCCAUUACGUGGUGAUGAAGGAUCUUUCAGGGAAGCACCCGGUGUCUGCGCUGAUGGAGAUCUGCAACAAGAGGAGGUGGACGCCCCCCGAGUUCGUGCUGGUGGAUGACAGUGGGCCUGAUCACCGCAAACAUUUCAUCUUCAAGGUGAGAGUCAAUGGCAAUGAGUACAGGCCCACCUUUGCCAGCCUUAACAAGAAGCACGCGAAGGCCACGGCGGCCACGGCGGCGCUGCAGGCCAUGGGACUGGUACCAAAGGAGAGCAUGGUCAAUACCACCAUGUUCAGGAGUGCCUCACACCGCUGAGCUGGGCUCCAGGGACUCUGCCUGCCACUUGUACUCUGCACAACAAAUGGUAUUUGCCCCUCUCAUGUUGUAAAUACAUCGGCGAUUCCCA